UCUAUCUUCCGGUCUGCCGCGGGAAGCGUCGAUUUGGGGGCGUGGCUUAUUAAUAGUUAUGAGCACGGCUGUAGUUGUUAUGGUUAUGCGUAAUUAUUCAUAACGCUGCCUGGUGAUUGGCUGGGGUAUCUAAUUAAUUAUUAACGAGCCACUUGGCGGGCUUUCGAGGGAGUGCCACGCACAGGCCGGGCAGCAGGAGCCGGGGGGUGGGGCUAUGCUGAUGAGGCGGGUGCAGGAGGCCGGGGCAGCAGGGAAGAUGGCGGCGGAGCGGAGCCGCUCGCCCAUUGAGGGCUUCCCGGUACCGGCCUGUAUGUUCGCGCCGGAGCCCAGCUCCCCCGGCGGGGCGGCCCAGGCGGCAGCCUCCGCCCGACCCCACCGCGCCGCCUUCGGCUCGGACUGCAGCGAGGACGGGGAGGUGCUCAACGGGGAGCCCGAGCUCGACCUCACCAGCAAGUUGGUGAUGGUGAGUCCGACAUCGGAACAGUAUGACAGCCUGCUCCAGCAGAUGUGGGAGAGAAUGGAUGAGGGAUGUGGGGAGACCAUCUAUGUAAUUGGACAAGGAUCAGAUGGGACUGAAUAUGGUCUGAGUGAGGCAGAUAUGGAAGCAUCCUAUGCUACAGUGAAGAGCAUGGCAGAGCAGCUUGAGGCAGAUGUGAUACUUCUGCGGGAGCACCAGGAGGCAGGGGGCAAGGUGCGCGACUACCUUGUUCGGAAACGUGUGGGUGACAACGACUUCUUGGAGGUCAGGGUAGCAGUGGUUGGCAAUGUGGAUGCAGGAAAGAGCACGUUGCUGGGUGUCCUGACGCAUGGUGAGCUGGACAAUGGCCGGGGCUUUGCCCGGCAAAAGCUCUUCCGCCACAAGCAUGAGAUCGAGUCAGGUCGUACCAGUAGUGUGGGCAAUGACAUCUUGGGCUUUGACAGUGAGGGCAAUGUGGUGAACAAGCCGGACAGCCAUGGUGGCAGCCUGGAGUGGACCAAAAUCUGUGAGAAAUCCACCAAGGUCAUCACUUUCAUUGACUUGGCUGGGCAUGAGAAGUACCUGAAGACCACAGUCUUUGGCAUGACUGGUCACCUACCAGAUUUCUGCAUGCUUAUGGUUGGCAGCAAUGCUGGGAUUGUUGGGAUGACCAAGGAGCACCUGGGCCUAGCGCUGGCACUCAAUGUUCCAGUCUUUGUCGUGGUGACAAAAAUCGACAUGUGUCCUGCCAACAUUCUGCAAGAAACUCUGAAGCUGUUACAGCGACUUCUGAAGUCCCCAGGGUGCAGGAAGAUCCCGGUGCUGGUUCAGAGCAAAGAUGAUGUCAUUGUAACAGCCUCCAACUUCAGCUCAGAGAGGAUGUGCCCAAUUUUCCAGAUUUCCAAUGUCACUGGUGAGAAUCUGGAGUUGCUUAAGAUGUUUCUCAAUCUCCUGUCUCCCCGAACAAGUUACAGGGAGGAAGAGCCAGCAGAGUUUCAGAUAGACGACACUUACUCUGUACCGGGUGUGGGAACAGUUGUGUCUGGGACAACCUUGAGAGGCCUGAUCAAGCUAAAUGACACUUUGCUUCUGGGGCCAGACCCCUUGGGCAACUUCCUGACCAUUGCUGUCAAGUCCAUCCACCGCAAACGCAUGCCUGUGAAGGAGGUGCGUGGUGGCCAGACUGCCUCCUUUGCUCUGAAAAAGAUCAAGCGUUCCUCCAUCCGGAAAGGCAUGGUGAUGGUGUCCUCCCGUCUGAAUCCACAAGCAUCCUGGGAAUUUGAAGCAGAGAUUCUGGUGCUGCAUCAUCCCACCACCAUCAGCCCACGCUAUCAGGCCAUGGUGCAUUGUGGCAGUAUCCGCCAGACAGCCACUAUCCUCAGCAUGGACAAGGACUGCCUACGGACAGGGGACAAAGCUACAGUGCACUUCCGCUUCAUCAAGACCCCUGAAUACUUGCAUAUAGACCAGCGGCUGGUCUUUCGUGAGGGUCGUACCAAAGCAGUGGGUACUAUCACCAAGUUACUCCAGACCACCAACAACUCUCCAAUGAACUCCAAGCCCCAGCAGAUCAAGAUGCAGUCAACAAAAAAGGGACCCCUUACGAAACGAGAGGAUGGUGUGCCCCAGAGUGGGACAGCAGCCGGGGGGGCCCUGGUGGGGGAUGAUGCCACCUCAUCAGGAGCAACACCAGCAGUACCUUCUAGUGCCCUGCAAGCACAGCCGAAGGUUGGAGGAGGGGGCCGGCGACGUGGGGGCCAGCGCCAUAAAGUGAAGUCUCAGGGGGCUUGUGUGACUCCUGCCAGUGGCUGCUGAAUAUCUUUUUUUCCACCACCCUCUGAGGAAUUCUCCCCCUCCCUCCAUUUCUUAGCAAAGACAUCCAGAGCAGCUUAAACCAAAACCCCAUCCAGCUGAUCUGCUGCAGAAGAACCUUCCCUCCCCAGGAAUGACAGAGGGAUUGUAACUUAUAAUAAGCUAAGGAAGGUGACAAGACACGCGGAACUGAUCAACUGACACUUUCCUCCUCCCUCUACCCCAACACACUUUUGUACAACCUGGGCUCUUAGUCUUUAUUAUAUUAUGUGUGCAUGAAGAUGAGGAAAAUCCAGAUAUAUUGGAGAAGAGCCAUUUGGCUGCUUCCCUUUCCCCAUCUGGUCCUGUCUGUUUAAUCUUCUACAUUGUCCCCAGUCCACUGGCAUUAGAAGACCUGAAAUUCCAGGGUUAAAAUGUGCUGGAUGGUGGGUGGUUGUAGGGGGCAGCAAUUCCUCGCUCUCUGGUAAGGUGCCAAAUGAGUUCUGGACUCUCCCUGUCUUAAACUGUUUUUUAAAUGGGUUAAUUUUAAUGUGGCAGUGACUGCAAUUUGGAGGGGGAUGCAGAAAACUGAACAGAUGGAUCUUAAAGAGGACGGUGAAUUCAAGAGAGAUCCUUGACCUUAAGUUGGUAUGUUUAAAUUUUUUUCUUAAUACUUCUCCCUCUCCUCCCUAAAUAUAAGGCCAAUAGCUAUUACAACUUUAAUCAGAGGUGAGAUUAAGUACAGAGGUUACUUUCCCAUCUCAUCCUCCUUCCUCUUCUAACCUCUGUUCAAUGCAUGCUGGAACAACUCUUACCCACCCCUCAAGGUCCUGGCGGCAGAGUGACAUAGUCGAAUGUCUCCAGACUGCUCUAUGGUGCAGGAACACUGUGUGGCCUGUGACCAGCAUAAGUCUCCCCUGUGACUAGACAAUUAUCACAAGUGGGAUAGCCCUUUCGGGCCUGGAGACUGAAAACAUGCCACCCUCAUUUGACUUUGCCUGCUCCAAGUGCUCCCUUCUCUCCUGGAACUCGCAGGCCAAGCUUUGCCAUGGCAGUGGUAACAUUGGUCAGUCCCACUCUUUGCAGAAGGGGGAAGUGAUUAGUUGAUACCAACCUUAGGGAAGCACUUUCAGCCUGGGGAGCCCAUGGAGAUUUUAUCUUUUUUUUUUUUUUUUUU